AUGUCACUCCCGAUUGAAGCUAAGUUUGAAGGUUAUCAAAAGGCCGCUGUGACUAUGAGCCGAUGGGCCAACCACCACGCUGGUAAGGGGUACACGAAGAAAACAAAAGAAGCCCCUUGA